CUGCAUUCACUAUAUCUGGUCUCCCCGGACCCUGCAUUCACUAUAUCUGGUCUCCCCAGGAUCCUGCAUUCACUGUAUCUGGUCUCUCCAGGACCCCGCAUUCACUGUAUCCGGUCUCCCCGGACCCCGCAUUCACUAUAUCCUGGUCUCCCCCCGGACCCCGCAUUCACUAUAUCCGGUCUCCCCGGACCCCGCAUUCACUAUAUCCGGUCUCCCCGGACCCCGCAUUCACUAUAUCCGGUCUCCCAGGACCCCGCAUUCACUAUAUCGGUCUCCCAGGACCCCGCAUUCACUAUAUCCGGUCUCCCAGGACCCCGCAUUCACUAUAUCCGGUCUCCCAGGACCCCGCAUUCCCUAUAUCCGGUCUCCCAGGACCCCGCAUUCACUAUAUCCGGUCUCCCAGGACCCGCAUUCACUAUAUCCGGUCUCCCAGGACCCCGCAUUCACUAUAUCCGGUCUCCCAGGAUCCCGCAUUCACUAUAUCCGGUCUCCCAGGAUCCCGCAUUCACUAUAUCUGGUCUCCCCGGACCCCGCAUUCACUAUAUCUGGUCUCCCAGGAUCCUGCAUUUCACUAUAUCUGGCCUCCCACAGUACACAGAACAUGGAAAUAAUAAACUGCUAAAUACCUUUUCUCAUCAGCAGUUAGAGCAGUCUUGUGACUUCUAACAGUGUUCAGCACAGCACUGGUUAAAGUUUGUAGGAGGAGUUUUCAUUCUCCCAAUUUGGCCUAUGAUGCUGCAGGACCCCUGACCCUCUGUCUUGACAGUGGUGAUUGGCCCUGUGCUGAGCACAUGCACUUUCCCAAGAAAAAAAAAACCUCUCUAGCAAUACACAGCAAACUGAGCAUUGACAGAGUGCCCCCAAGGCUCUGCUCUAUCAGAAGGUGGCUUGGGAACAGCAAAAGAUGGGGAGGUUCAGAGAAGACAGGAUCAAACAGCCUUUUUACACAAUGAAGAGGAUUAA